AUGGCAUCUUAUGCUGAAACAAAUUGGCGUGAAUUUAAAGUUGAUGGAAACGCCAAAGUGGAAAAUUCAAUAUUUCCGAAUAAUUGUGCCAAAUCUACAAGAUAUACACUACUUACAAUCAUCCCACUGAAUCUUUUCGAGCAAUUUCAGCGUUCUUCAAACAUAUGAUUUCUACUUGUAUCGGUUUUCCAAUUAAUUCCUAUCAAUUUAAACCCAACAGACUCUUGAAGCACAAUUGCACCAUUAGCAAUACUCCUAUUUUUUACCCUUAUAAAGGAUGCCUAUAAUGACUUGUAUAGGUGGAAGGAUGAUAAAAAAAUAAACACUAUUCUCUACAGUCGCUGAAACGGGGAAAACUUUGUAAAAGUUCAGUCUAAAGAUAUGCUAGUUGGAAAUAUUGUCUUGCUAAAUGAUGGAGACAUUGUGCCAGCUGACAUGAUUUUAUUAGCAUCUGAAAAGGAAAAAGAGCAAGUAUACUUAGACACUACAGGUAUUAUUGGAAAUGCGAUUUUCAAGGAAAUUAAAAAAAUUUCUGAAAUCCAGCGAUUUUUAAACUCUGUAGAAGAUGAUUCAAUUUUAAAAAAAUUCCAAGCCAAGGUGAGAAUGGGAGAACCCAAUAGUGAUUUUUCAAAAUUUAGAGGAAAGAUAAAAUUAAACGGUUUUCCCAAAGCUUUUGAUAUUCAUGCAGAACAAGCGCUUUUUAGGGGUGCUAAGUUAAAUGGGACAUCCUGGGCAAUUGGAUUAAUUGUAUAUACUGGGCAUGACACCAAAACAUUGCUGAACACAAGAAAGCCUAUUAAGAAGACAAGCUCUCUAGAAAGAAGAAUAAAUAGAUGGGUCGGGAUCAUUUUGCUAAUACUAUUUGGUCUAGUUGUUUUUUCUAUCUGUGCUUAUUAUUAUAUAUCAGAGAGUUCAGACCGAUAUUCAUACUCAACUUAUUCUCUUCCUGAAAUGUUUGUGACGUUUACUUUGCUUUUUAACAAUAUUAUCCCAAUAUCCCUUUUUGUGACCAUGGACAUCAUAAGAAUCCUUCAAGUAAUUUACAUACAAAUAAAUUCAAGGCAAAGGAUAAACUUUAAAACUGGAGAUAUUAAUGAAGACCUUGGACAAGUUGAAUAUGUUUUAUUGAACAAAAGCGGGGCCCUUACUGAAUGCGAGUUUACAGUUCAAUUAUGCAUGAUUGACUCAGAAAUAUAUAGGAGGGUUGAAAAUAAUGAGCAAAAUCUGAUUUCUGAUGAAGAAAAAACAUUAUUUUUGAAGCCAGCUGCUUUUAAUAUUAAUUACACUGAACGUUUUAGCAGCGAAGGCCCUAAAGAUGAGGCGAAAUCAUUCGAAAAGCUUUCAGAAGAACUUAGAGAUAAAUCCAGUGAACAAAAAACAGAGUUUUUAAAGUGCUUAGCUGUAUCUAACUCACUCCCCUCCUCCUUUAAAUUGGAACAAAAUAUCUGUAAAUUUUCUCCUUUAAUAGGAACAAAAUUUAGGAAAAUUAAAAUAUGUGAAAAUAAGAAUUUUUAUAAAAUUAUUUUUAAACUAAUUUAAUUGAAAAGUGCAAGUAGAAUAUUAUUUAAACAGCUUUCACACCAAAUUGAUAAAGUUUUUGAAUUAAUUUUCUAUAAAAAUAAAUUAAAAUUCGUUUAAUUUAAUAUUUUAAAAAUAUUUUAUAGAGAGAAUAUUAAUAUUUUUUAAAAAAAAAUUAACCUCCUUUAAAUUAGAACAAGAUUUUUUGUUCAAAUUUAAAGAGAAAAGGGAGUCAGCUUUUCCAAACAAAAUCUCAAGUCUUUCACCAGAUGACAAAGCACUAAGUGCUUUUAGUUUAGAUUUAGGAAUAAAAAUCCUAUCAAAUUCUACGAAUUCUUGUGAAAUUGAGAUAAAUGACCAUAAGUAUUCUUAUACAAUACUUGGAUCAAAGCCGAGCAAUAGUAAUUCGAAAAAAGCAAGGGUUAUCGUUAGAGCAGGAGAAAAAGAACCUGCCUAAACUUAAAAUAUAAACUAAGAUUAUAAGAGAAGCUCUCUGUAGGCUGGUCAAGCGGACCAUAUUCACCUCUGUAACGCUCCACUGUUGCUUGCCAGCCUGGGCACGGCUUCUUAUUGUGUUGCUCCUCACGGGUGAGGGCUUGUACUCGCUACCCGCGACUAGAGGUGCGAGGCCAUAAUGCCGUACGCUAAAGGGUUCGGCCUCCAGAAAAAUCAAUUUUCUGGUUACCUCUUGGCCAAGAUGGAAUCUUGUAGCUCAGGACGUAACACCUGGUAUCGCGCUGGGAAAUUGUCUCAAUUGGUCAGAAGGAACCUCACUGGUGUUCCUGAGUCUCUCCCUUUCCAAAUCGGAGUCCCAUCUUUCUCCAAGAUAAUGCCUUGACCUGAUCAGCUGCAAUCAUCCUAAUCUGACUUUGCGCUCCACCAAACCAAGUAAAACCUGGUCAGAUACAUAUUCCAAACGUCAUCCUCCAUUCCACAAGGUCCUUGGAUUACCCCAGUUACAGGUGUUUAAGAGGAUAGGUUGCUUUCGCCCUGCCAUUUUAAUUUAUAUAUAAAAGAACCUGCCAUAAUGUAUAUAAAAGGGUCAUAUGAAGCUAUUAUACCUUUGCUAAAAAAUGAUGAUAUCAGGCUGAAUCUUCUAUUUGACGCAAAGAAAAUUAUUAAUGAAGGAACAAAGCCAGUUUUUCUAGCUCGCAAGGUGCUUUCUAAUGAAGAACUAAAAGAUUUCCUUCAGAAAAUAGAAAUUGCAAGGUGCUCCCCUUUAAAUAUCAAUUACAAAUACGAAAACAUUUAUUCAGAAUUUGAAAAAAAUGCAGAUUUUCUUGGAAUUGUAGGUAUUAAAGAUACAAUUUUGCCUGAAACUAUUGAAUGUGUAGAGGCUCUCCAAAAAGCUGGAAUAAAGCUAUGGCUGGCAAGUGGGGAUUCUGAAGAUAACACUAUUCAGUCUGCAUAUGGGGCAAAGCUUUUAAAUUCUCACACUUCACUUGUUCAUAUUAAAGGAGCAACUUCUGUAUAUGGGAUCACCAAAAUGCUGCAAAGAGUAAUAGCAACUCAUAUUUAUCAUGAAAUAGCAAGGAGUAAAUUACCUACUUUUGCUGCUCCUCAGCAACUAGCAAGAUUUAAUAGUGCUCCUAAAGAGAAAGCAUUAAAUGACAAUGAAGAUAAUCCUGAAACAGACAGUAUUGUUACUCCCCCUCGUGCGUGAGUGGAAAAAAAAAAAUCUUGUUCGUUCACAUGGGGGGUUAGUUUUUUUUUUAAAAAAAUUUUAUAUAUAAAUUUUAUAGAAAAUUUGUUUUUUUUUCGAAAUUUUAAAAAAUCCUAAUUCGCAAAAAUUGGAAAGCAAAUAUUAAUUUAAUUUAUAAAAUUUAUGUUUUAAAACGCAAUUUUUUUUAAAAUUAAACAGAAUUAGCUAUAGAUUUCAUUAUACUAAUUAUCACUUAUAUAUCAAUUUUUUUUUUCAUAAAAAAAUUUUUCUAUUAAAAAAAUUUUUGUUAACUCACAGGGUCGGUUUUUGGCAAAAAAAUAGGGAUUUUUUCUAAUGGUUUUGUUCACUCACGGAAGAAGGGAGUUAGUGAAUACUUAGAAGAAGCUUCUAUAAUUUUAGAAGAAAUCAGCACGGCAGGCAAUGCUACUUUAGCUUAUCAAUCAUUACUAAAAAUCGGCUCAACACUUGUUGCAGAUGACUACCUUUCUAAACAUUUUUUCCCUGAAACCGUCAAUUUUUCAGUGUCUUUAGAUAGAAAAUCUUUUGAAAUAGCUUUAAGCGACCAAGAUUCAAGAAAGCUCAUGGCAUGUGUCUUACUAGCUGCAAAAUGUGUAUGUUUUCAUGAUUUAUUGCCAAAAGACAAAGACAAUUUAGUCAAGCUUCUAAAAGAAAAUUUGUCUUUUAAACCAGUUGUGCUAGCCAUAGGAGCAGGGAAUAGUAACAUUUCAAUGAUUCAAGGAGCUGACAUUGGUGUAGGAAUUCAAGGUAAAACUCAUAGCCAUGCUUCUAACUUCUGUGAAGUCUCUGUUGAGCAUUUUUCUGUAUUAAAAGACCUUCUCCUUCUAUAUGGACAUAGAAACUACACAAGAAUGUCCAGAAUCAUUCUUUUAUUUUUUUACAAAAAUUUUAUAUUGACUGCUGUAACUUUUGGGUAUAUUUUUAUGAGUGAUUACUCAGGAGCAACUAUAUAUAACUCAGGAUUACUUGUGGGCUAUAAUUUAUUAUAUACAACGUUUCCGUUAUUUAUGCUUGGAGUUUUCGAUCUUGAUAUAGAGAGAGCUAAAAUUUUUGAACAUCCUCAAAUUUAUGUGCAAGGGAUUGUAAAUAAGCUUUUUAGCUGGAAAAAAUUAGUUUAUUACUCAACUUUGUCAAUUGUUCAGGCUGCCAUCAUUCUUCUGCUUGUAAGUGAAGUGUUUGAUAAAGCAAUAAAUAAUGAUGGAUUUAGUGAAGAUCAAAAUCUGUUUGGAACAACAAUGUUUAUAUCAACUGUUUUUGUGGCUCUAUAUCAAAUAUGAAUUGACACAUUUUCUUAUAACAUACUAUAUUGCAUUUCCCAUAUUCUUUCCUUGGCUCUCCUUGUUGGCUAUAUAUGCAUAUCAAAUGAAUAUAAAUUCCCUAAUUGGGAGCAGCUUGGAAUUGGCACUGAAAUUUCUAAAUUUCCAAUUUCCCUUAUCUCUUUUCUUAUAACUCCAUUAUUAGCAAUCGUCCCAGGAUACUUCUAUAAAGCUUAUAUUAUUUUAUUCAAACCAAGUAUGAGGGAAUUAAUAAUGGUAGCCCCUGAAAAAGCUGAAGAAAUUGAAUUUAGCAGGCUCGCGAAUUAUUCAGGUGGAUUACUCAAUGCAUAUCGAGACUCAUCAAUAUGAAAAUCCAAUAAUGAAAAAAACAAAUUUGAUAUGAAUUGAAUGCUGAAAUUUAUUUCUCCUUAUAUAGAAAACCUAUAUAGAGAUCACUAUAUCCACGACCAUAUAUUAAUGUAUCGAUUGAUUUGCGGCCUUAUAUGGAUCAUUUUAUUGUUUUGGACAAUUUAUGAAGUCGUCGUGCAGAGUCCAUCACUAUCUUAUACCGUGAUAAGGAUUGUAAUGGUAUUGGCCUUUUCAGCUGUAUUGCUGUUAGUAAUGCUUGACUAUUUUAAGCGACAUUAUGUGUUUUACACGCUCGCCAUUAUUUUUCUUUUUAUUAUUGCGAUGGCAAUAAGUGAUGCUAAUUAUGAAAAAACAGGACUUUUAUCGACGUCAAUGGUACCAGCAAUUUCUUAUAUUUUGUUUGAUGUUGACUAUUUGAGCAUUACGCUGUUGAAUAUUAUCAAUAUUGGAUUAUUCCUAAUGGCACUUUUGAUUUAUUAUAUAGGCAAUUCCAGCUAUAGAAAUUUCCCAUAGAUAGCACUGUUUGCCCUUGAUUUGCCCACUGGGGAAAUUUUUUGGUUCGACCAGUCCCAUAUGGUUUGGUCAAACCAAAAAAUUUUUCUCAUGGGCAAAUCAAGGGCAAACAGCGCCAUCUAUGGGAAAUUUCUAUAUGGGAACACUGAAGCUAUUUUAUUAAUAAUAAAAUCAAUGAUUUUGAUAGUAACACAAUUAUAAUGAAUAAUAAAAAAACCAUUUAUUUUUUAUAGAAAAAUCGAGGUUUGUGUAGCAAAGGAUAGCUAUUUCAGUAACUUCUGCAUUCAUUGGCUAUUUUCUUGACAAAUCUAAAAGAGAAGAGCACAAGUUGAUGAAUAUUACAGAAAAUGCUGUAGAAAAAAUCCAAACAAUAUUAAGCUAUUUGCUUCCUUCAUUCGUAAGAAACCGAGUUAAAAAAGGUGCCCGAUAUAUUGCUGAAGAUCAAGGCACAGUCACCGUCCUCUUUUGUGAUAUCUAUGAUUUCGAUAGAAUCUGUAAAGAAUACAAUCCAAAUGAGCUUACAACUUUUUUAGAUCAAAUUUUCCAAAAAUUCGACCAAAUGUGUGACACCAUCGGUGUAACAAAAAUUGAAACAGUAGGUAAAACUUAUAUGGCCUGUGCAGGAUUAAAAGACAGUGAACUUGAAAUGAGUAAACAUCUAAAAGAAGUGACUCAUGCCAGAAGAUGCAUAGAAAUGAGCCUUGCAAUUAUCAGAGAAAUCCAAUCAAUCAAAUUAAAAUAUGGGUCCACAUUACAAGUGAAAAUUGGGAUAAAUUCUGGACCAGUAACUUCUGGUGUUGUAGGAUAUCAUAAGCCUCAGUUUUCUUUGGUCGGCGAUACUGUUAAUACAGCUAGUAGAAUGUGCUCAACGUUGGAGCAGACAAAUGCGAUACAAAUUUCAAAGGAUACUUAUAAGCUCCUUGAAAAUCAUAAUGGCUUGAAAUUUGAACCAAAAGAGGUUGAAGCAAAAGGUAAAGGACUCAUGAAAACUUUUAUUGUCACUGAAUCAAUUGAAGGAUCUGUGGAAGAUAUAAUCUUGCCAAUGAACACAAUGAUGAACAACCCUCCUAUUGCUCAGAAUUUUGAUCCUCAGUUUGAUGAUGAAGAUGACGAUACAUAUAAUAUCAGUCGAAGUUUAACUCAUUUCGAUAUUUCUGACAAAAAAUCUGCAUUUAAAAAAAAUGACCCAGGAAUAAUCAAGCCAGUCAAAAUUUGUGAUUUUUCAAUCAGGGAAACGGAAAACCAGAAGAAGUUCAGACUGGAGCAGACCUUGAGAAAUUAUGUAACUGUACUACUUGGAUUAUCAACUGCUGUUAUUGCGUAUGGCAUGCUUUUAGCGGUUUCUAUAUUAGAAGCAUGACUUCUAUCAGGAUAUUCUGAUGCUAAUAUAAGUAUUAUGAGAAUAGUUAUUGUGGGAGCAUUAAUAGGGCUUAUUGUUAUCCACAGAUUAAUGAACAAGAUGAGGUUCUACCCACUUUUUACCAUCCCAGUGCUUCUUUUGAUGCUAAUUACGGUUCUUUAUUCUAUUUUUGAUGACAAAAAAUUUAGUGAUGACCUUAUAGCCCUUGAAAUUAUGUACAUCAUUAUUAUACUUAACCACGCAUCAGACAUGCCGCUUUCUGCCAUUAUUUUAGUGAGUAUUGGGAUAUUUACACCAUGGGUUAUUGCAGCGGCUUUAAAUGGAUCAGAUUUAGCUAAUAUUUUAUUGGUGUUUGGAUUUGCAAUUAUAAACACUUCUGCAGUUUAUUCACGUGAACAAAGGGUGAGAAUAAAUUUCAAUUUACAACAUUUAGCAGAGAGGGAAAUUCAAGAGACUGACAAGUUAUUAGUGCAAAUGAUGCCACCCCAUGUCCUAGAAAACAUGAAGCAAGACAAAUCUAUUACUGAUAAGCUGCAAGAUGUUACUUUACUAUUUGCUGAUAUUGUAGGAUUUACUGCCUGAAGUUCAAAUAAAAGACCAAAGCAAAUAGUAAAAAUGCUAACUAUGAGCGAAAAAAUUUUUGUUUUCAAAAUUUAAAAAAUUCCAAUUUAAAAAUUGAGAGAUUAUAAUUAAUUUAAUUUGAGAAACUUAUGUUUUAAAAUGAAUUUUUUUUUCAGAAUUAGCUAGAGAUUUCAUUAUAAUAAUUAUCACUUAUAUAUCAAUUUUUUUGUUCGCUCAUAGAGGUUGGGCUUUUGGGCAAAAAAUAGGGAUUUUUCCAAUAGUUUUGUUCGCUUGCAGAGGGGGAGUAAGCGAGUUAUUUACUCAGUUUGACAAAAAAUGUGUAGAACUUAGUGUGUAUAAAGUCCACACAAUCGGAGAUUGCUAUGUGGUUAUGGGAUACAAUGGAAGUGCUAACAGAGAUAUUGGCAAAGAAUGCUUAAAUAUGCUGAAAAUGGCUCAGAAUAUGAUUGAGAUUAUUAAUGCUGUGAAUUUGCUUCAUGGAUCUGAGCUGAACAUGAGGAUUGGUCUUCAUACAGGAACUGUCAUUGCGGGAAUUAUUGGCACCAACAUUGUGAGAUAUGAUAUUUAUGGACCAGACGUGCUUAUAGCCAAUAAGAUGGAAAGCAAUGGUAAGCCAGGGGAAAUCAAUGUUAGUGACAAAACAAAAGAAUUAUUGGAAAAAAAUUAUAAUGGGGAAUUUGAAUAUACUUUUAAUAAAGAAGUACCUGCAAAAGCAAUUGAUAGAGUUCAUCAAUCAUACUUCAUAAAGCCUGCAAAUUAA